AUGGCAUCCAACGAGCCCGCCCGCGUUCCCAUCCCCAAGAAUGGCGUCGACUACCGUGGCAAAGUGGUGCUUGCGCCCAUGGUGCGCUCCGGCGAAUUGCCCUCACGCCUCCUCGCGCUGAAGUACGGCGCCGACUUGGUCUGGGGACCCGAAACCAUCGAUCGCGCCAUGAUUGGCACCACGAAGCGACUGAACCCCCACACGAAUACACUGGAGUUCUCGCGCCUGCCGACUUCGAAGAUCAAAAACCCCACCCUUGAUCCCGAGAAUCGCGAAAGCGUCCUAUACCGGAUACAUCCGGAGCUGGAGAAGGGAAAGCUCAUAUAUCAGAUUGGCACGGCGAAUCCGGAGUUGGCAGUCCAGGCAGCCAAGAUGGUCGCAGCGGAUGUUGCAGGUAUCGAUGUCAAUUCUGGCUGCCCCAAGCCAUUCUCGACUUCCGGUGGUAUGGGCGCAGCGCUGCUCAAGACACCAGACCUGCUUUGCAACAUCCUGACGAGUCUCGUGGAAGAAGUGGGAAAACCAUUCGAGAUCGGCAUCAGCGUCAAGAUCAGAAUUCUGGACACGCCAGAAGAGACAGCGGCAUUGGUGAAGAGACUGGUGCGCACCGGCAUCACGGGUCUCACGGUGCACUGUAGAACCACACCCAUGCGGCCCAGGGAGCGCGCGAUCCGAGACCAACUCAAAAUGAUCGGAGAGAUAUGCCACGAAGCAGGCGUCGCAUGCCUGAUGAACGGCGACGUCACAUCGCGCACCGAAGCCCUCAAACUCGCGGAAGAGUUCAACGUCGACGGCGCAAUGAUUGCAACCGCAGCCGAAAAGAACCCCAGCGUGUUCCGACCCGACGCAGAAGGCGGGCCACACGAGUGGAAAUCGCAGUGGAAGACCGUUGUCACCGAAUACAUGCGUUUCGCGCUACAAGUAGAGAACCGCUGGGGGAACACAAAGUAUCUGCUCAGUCAGAUGAUACCAGGGAAGGAGAAAGCGUAUCAGGCGAUGAACAAGUCAAAGUGCUACACGGAUUGCAUCAAGGCGCUGGGCCUGGAGGACGUUGACGACUUGCUACAGCAGGCCAACGUUGUUGACGAGCAUCUGGGCAUACCGCAGAACGAAUCGCGCGCUUCUAAGCGCGCUCGGGUCAAGGAAGCGGCAAAUCCAGAAAGCGAUGCUGUCGAGCGGAAGGAGAAGCGCAAGGAACGGGAUGAUGACGAGCCUGAGGCCAAGCGCGUCAAGGUGCCUGAAGUGGAGCCGGAAGCAACUGUGGCCAUCCCACCGCAGGAGAUGGCGGCUCCUGCUGCCUUGAGCGUAUGA